AUGUUCAGGCCGGAAAGAGUCAAAGUCUUGCUUCUUACUUUCAGUUUCAACGAUCUGGAUCUACACAAGCAAACCAGAAAGAUUCAUGGCGAUUUUGAAAGUCUUGGAUAUGAGGUUCAAGAUUACAAUAUCAACAUGAGCGACCCUCUAUCCGGGCUCAAGACACACCUGAGCGAAUUUCUGGUCAAGCCUGACCAAAGUCACCCGACCCUACACAUCAUUUACUACCACGGCCAUGGAGGAAUUGUUGACAAAAACAAACUUCGACUGUUCAGCCACAACAUUCCCAACAAGCCUAUCGAACUUGGUACGGAACUGUCCAAUCUCGGUAGCAAGGUUUCGAAAGCCUUGGAAAGCAAUAAGAGUGGGAUAAUUGUCCCUUCUCAACUACGAAUGGCCCUGGAGGACACUCGUUUCCAACCCGUUGCUGGGGUAAACUGGGAAGAAAUUCAAAAGACGAUUAUGGACGCCAAAACCCACACGAUCAUCAUUCUUGACUGCCGUGAAGCCGUAUUAGCUUCAGUGACAAGCCAGGAGAAUGGAAAGUCGUCUCAGAAACCGGCCUACCAAAAGGAAUUAAUCGGCGCAUGUGGCUGGGGGUUGUCUACACGGAACGAUAUGAGCGAGGCAAUGUGCACAACCUUCAAGGGCCUUGACAAAAAAGAUGAUACCAUGUCGACGAUCACCCUUGUGAGCCGGAUGAAUCACCAUAUGGUGAAGUCAUUCGGCGGAGUUGGUACGGUUCCACAGGCUGUCCGCUAUCUACUUGGAGGGUCAACAGUGGAAAACAUUCGCCUUCCUCGACUCAAGGAAAGGCCCCCACAGACCACUUAG